CUCGUUUCAUAAAAUUGCCAUUCACAGCGCAGCGGCGCUGCCACUUAUUAGUGCGAAAUGCGCUAAAUUAUACCAAAUCGCUUGGUCACCGAAGCAACCCUUGCAAUCUAUUUUCAAAAUGGCAACGGCGUGAGCGGCGCUUUGUUUCGAGUCUACGUUUUUAAUUUGUGUUCGGCGCUAAAUCUGGUUAAUAGUGUUAAUUGUGGCGUCAGAGUUUUAAGUUUAUUCAGUUCUGUGGCUUGUAAUUUGAUAUUGUUGAUUGGUAUUGAACCGUUAACGCGCUAAUUAAAAUGAGCGCCUUUGAGAUUACUGUAACGCCAUCGCGUAUUAAGCAAAAGAAGCGAGUCGAAGGCCGCGAACCGGCUAUCGUGGUAAUGGCUCCAUUCUCAGCCAAGGCAAUUGUGCAGUUCGAAGAUGUUCCCAUCGGAAAAACAGCAAAGCGUAUUGUGCGUAUUAUGAAUCCCAGUGACGAGGAUAUUGAGGUCAGAGUAACAAGGCCCAUCAAAGAGGACCACAAUCUCAGCCUGGAAUGGAUGGAACGUAGUGUUCCAGCUCGCGACGAGGUUGUCAUGGAAUUAGUGUGGAAUCCACAGAUUGAUGUUGCCUGUAAAGAAACACUGCAGUUACUCGACAAUCGCAAUUUUCGCAAAGACGUUAUGAUUAUUCUGAAGUCCAAAAGCAUGCAACCAUCAAGGACAACUCGUAAGUUUCCUACAAUUGGCAAGACGCUGCAGCUCAAGUCUCCGACUAGCAGUACUAAGAUGCUCAAGAAUAGUACGGCAGCAGCAGCUGUGCAACAAAAGAAACGUGUGUCCAGUUGCAAUUCCAGUUCAGCAGUUGCCACAGCAACAGCAGUAAAGCAGUCGUGGCGCAACAGCGCUGCUGCUGCACGUACAAAGACAUCCACAUCUACAGUGACAGCUCAAGCGCCUCUAAGCGAGCGGAAUGUGUAUAGAGCUGCAUCAAAUAUUUCUCCUCAGGGGCGUAAUCUGAAAGAGAAUGUUAGUCCGAAGACUCCUGGCAGUGUCAUCAAUUUAAUUGAUAAGAUGCAAUUCACACCUAUUGUCGAAGUGUCACAUGACGCAAAAUCAUUGCCUGACAAUCUUGUUAACUGGCCCACUCCCACAUUGAACUUACCUGGACAAACUGCAGCACAUAACGCAGAGGAGUUGCACCCACGUCGUCUGCCCUCCUCAAUGGAUGAGGAACAAACCAUUUCUAACCGGACAUUUGAUGUAAAACUGUCCGAAACAAUGAAUAUCUCUGCAGACACUUUAGAUGGUUCACGCAACGAUCUGUUGCAGCAGACACCAUCGAUUACGCUUAACAAGACCACGACAAUUGUGCCAGCCAUGCAAAUGCGUGCUUUGGCAUGCAUACGAGAAGAGGACUCAAGUCCACCAAAUAUGGCAGGCCAGAUGCCGUCGAAAAUACGUGAUUUGAAGCGAGAUAUUCAUGUUGUGGGCUCACCGUUGCGCAAGUACAGUGAAUCUAUGAAGAAUCUAUCGCUGCUAUCCCCACAAUCAAAGAUUGCCAUACAAGGUUCGAUGCCCAAUCUUAAUGAAAUGUUGCCGCUUCGUUCCAUUGAACAGAAUCGUUAUUAUCAGCAAUCGCAACAGAUACCCUCGUCAGCGAACACGUUCCUCGAUAAUUCAGAUUCCAGCGAGAUAAGCGUUGUUUCCCAGCAAGAUGUGCUGUUCAAUCAGUGCGAGAUUCUGGCACAAUCGAGCCACUGUAAUUUACACGAAGCAGUAAAGAAAACGCACAAGAUCGAUCACUUGGCACUGACCCAUAUUCAGCAGCGUCGUAGCAAGGAAACAAAAGUAAGCAGCGGCCACAAGCGUCGCUCACAUGAAUUGAGCUUCUCGGAUGCCCCCAGCAGCGAAUCAAUUCAUCGUAAUGAAACUAUGGCCAUUUCACCACCGAAGCGACAAAGAUAUGAACCCAGUUGUUAUACACCAACCAAUGCCUCUGCGCGUAACUCCAAAGCAUGGCCGCAUGCGCAGUCCAAAAAGUUUAAAUUGUCUCAAACGAUGUCGCUGUUGAAAAAGCCGGUUGAACCGCGCAAGACACGACAGCAAACUUCCGUUAAACUUUACGAUUCCGAUCUGUACAUGCAGUCAUAUAUUAAUCCAGAUCCUUUUGCUGCAAGUACCACUGUCGAUCCAUUUUUGGCUUCAACUAUGUAUUUAGAUGAGGAGGCUGUAGAACGUCACCAAACAGACUUUAAAAAGUGGCUAAACGCUUUAGUUAGCAUACCAGCAGAUUUAGAUGCAGAUAACAAUAGUAAAAUCGAUGUGGGCAAGCUAUUCAACGAGGUGCGUAAUAAGGAGUUGUCAUUGGCGCCCACCAAGGAGGUGCAAUCGAUGAAUUACUUAACCACGUUUCGUCUGGAAACACUGCGUCGCGCUGCAGUUGAACUGUUCUUCAGCGAACAAAUGCGCUUACCGUGCUCCAAAGUUGCCGUUUACGUCCAAAAACAGGCGUUGCGCAUUCGAAGUGAUCGCAACCUCCACCUAGAUGUGGUCAUGCAGCGCACAAUACUCGAGCUAUUGCUCUGCUUCAAUCCGCUGUGGCUGCGUCUGGGCCUAGAAGUAGUGUUUGGAGAAAAGCUUCAUCUGCAAUCGAAUCGCGAUAUUGUCGGCCUCAGUACAUUCAUUCUGAAUCGUCUGUUUCGCAACAAGUUCGAGGAGCAGAAGUACAGCAAGGCGUAUACUUUAACCGAAGAGUACGCGGAGACCAUAAAGAAGCACACGCUACAAAAGACUUUGUUUCUUCUGUUGUUCCUGGAUCAAGCUAAACAACGACGCAUUAUCAAGCAUAAUCCAUGCUUGUUUGUCAAGAAAUCGCCACACAAGGAAACAAAAGAUAUUCUUCUACGCUUUUCAUCUGAGCUGCUGGCGAACCUAGGCGACAUCACACGUGAAUUACGCCGCAUGGGAUAUGUAUUGCAGCAUAAGCAGACAUUCCUUGACGAGUUCGAUUAUGCCUUCAACAAUCUGGCCAUCGAUCUGCGAGAUGGUGUGCGUCUAACACGGGUCAUGGAGGUCAUCCUGCUGCGCGAUGAUCUCACCCAGCAGUUACGGGUUCCAGCGAUUUCUCGCUUGCAGCGUAUAUUCAACGUUAAGCUCGCUUUAGGGGCCUUGCAAAAUGCCAAUUUCCAGCUCGGUGGGGACAUCACCGCAGCUGACAUCGUUGAUGGCUAUCGGGAGAAGACAUUGUCGCUGCUCUGGCAAUUGUGCUACAAGUUUCGAUCGCCCAAAUUUAAUGCUGCUGCUCGUGUUCUGCAGCUGUGGUGGCGACGUCGCUGGCUGCAUGUUUUUAUUAGACGUCGCAUUCGUGAUAGAGCUGCGAUUCGCAUACAAGCCGCCUUCAGGGGUCAUCAAAUGCGCAAGUUCGUUAAAUUGUAUCGUGUAGAGCGCCUACAAGCUACAAUCGUUCUACAGAAAUACACUCGUCGCUACUUGGCCCAGAAACAUUUGUUUGAAAUGUAUCAGAAAAUCGUUAGCAUUCAGGCUUGGUGGCGUGCGCAGCGCCUGGGUCGCCUGGUGCGUCAAGAGUUCUUCCAUCUGAGAGAAUCUACAAUAUUCCUUCAAAGGAUUUUCCGUCGCCGCAUGUUCUCGAAGAAACUGCUGGCGUAUGCGGCUAGAGAACGCUUGCAACGUGAUCAAAUACAUCAAGCUGCUGCUUCUUGCAUCCAACUGCAUUGGCGUGCUCUUCGCUGUGCGAGGGAACAGCGAAAAACUUACGUUCAUCAAAGGCAAUUGAUAAUCUUCGUACAGAAUAGAUGGCGAGGUAAGAGACUCGCUCAGCAAAAACGCAAAGAUUUUUUGAUUCUUCGAGAGGCGGCUGUAAUUUUGCAAAAUCGAUAUCGUGCUCGUUUGGAGAUGCUUAGGUGCUAUCAACGUUAUAAUCUUCAACGUCGUAGUGCUAUAAUAUUGCAGCGUUAUUGGAGGGCUACAAUCAAGAUGCGUAAACAGCAUGAAAGCUAUCAUAAACUCAAAACCGCUGUGAGGGUGCUUCAGAUAAAGUACAGGGCUCGAUUUCAAAUGCGCCGGCAACGACAGGAGUAUUUGCGACUGAGAAAUGCUGCAGUUUUCCUGCAGACGCUAUAUCUAGCUCGUCUGGAAAUGCAACAGGUGCGACGUACUUUUGUGAAGGAUCGACAAUGUAUUGUUAACUUGCAACAACGAUGGAGAGCAACGCUUGAGAUGCGACGACAGUAUCGCUCUUAUCAACAGCUGAGAUUUCACAGCAUCGUGCUGCAAAACAAAUUUCGGGCACGAGUGCAGAUGCGGCGGCAGCGAGAUGAUUUCACUAAGAUGAAGAACUCCGUUAUAAAAAUCCAGAGAUUAUAUCGCGCUCGACAAUUGAUGAGGACACAGAGAGCGCAGUUCGUGCGCCUUCAACAGUCAGUUGUACUUAUUCAGCAACGCUUCCGAUCCUUUAGACAAAUGCGAUACAUAAGUGCCAAGUAUCGCGGCACCCGAGCUGCUAUUUCUUGUCUCCAGAUGCACUGGCGCAACUAUUUGCUGACCAAAAGACAGCGUCGCACUUAUUUACAUCUUCGUGAUGCAGCCAUAACCAUUCAGAGACACUACCGUGCUCAUUUGGCUAUGCGCAAAGAUAGAGACAGUUACCAGCAUCUAAAACAAAUUACAAUUCAAGUACAACAUCGCUAUCGUGCUCAGCUGUCCAUGCGAGUGCAACGUGCCACAUAUGAAUAUGAGAGAGCACUUAUUAUGCAAAUGCAACAGAGAAUACGCGCUAAGUUGGCUAUGAUAUCAGUAAAGAACAAUUAUCAAAGAGAAAGGCAGGCUGCAGUCCGUAUACAGGUCUGGUGGCGAAGUUUUCUAGCUAUGCGAUUGUAUCGUGGAAACUAUCAACGGGUUCGCACAAGUACAAUAACAUUGCAGCGUAAAUGGCGAGCUACUAUACAAGCACGUGUACACAGACAGAUGUUCUUGGCAACUAUUCAAAAAGCGAGAUUACUACAAGGUUGGGUGCGGUCCUUAAUGCUAAUGAGACAGCAGCGUGCUCAGUACCAGAGGCAGAGAGAGGCUGCCGUUGUAAUCCAACGUCAUUAUCGGGCUCGUCUAGCUAUGAUCACUACAAGGAUUCAAUAUCAGAGACUAAGAUCGGUUACCAUUAGUAUUCAGUUAAAGUUCCGUGCCAGACAAUGUAUGAUUAAGAAGCGCAAUGAGUUCUUGCAACUUCGAAAGACUGCAAUUCACCUGCAACAAAAGUUCCGUGGGAAACGUUUGGUAUUGGUUCUACAAAAGCAAUUCCGCCUCUUGACCCAAUGCACUGGCAAUUUCCAAGCGCAUGCACGUGGUUUUCUUGCCCGAAAGCGUUUCCAGGCUCUAAUGACUACGGAAAUGAAGGAGCUUCUGCGUCAAAAGCGAGCGGCGAAAGUUAUUCAAUGUUACUGGCGGGGAUAUCUUACUCGUCGAAAACAACGACAUGCCGGUCUUUUAGUUAUUCGACAGCGUCUAUUGCAGCUUCGUCAGCAGGCUACAGCUAUUAAUUCGGUACGGUCUAAGAUUCAGGACUCAGUUCGAAUUUUGCGUGGCCGAUUUAUUGCCUCGGAUGCUCUACCCGUUUUAAAUCAGCUAGAUCGUCUGUCUCGAACAGUACCUCAUCUACUAAUGUGGUGUUCAGAAUUUAUGUCCCACUUCUGUUACGGCAUCAUGGCACAGGCUAUACGUUCAGAGGUUGAUAAGCAACUGAUCGAGCGUUGUAGUCGUAUUAUUCUCAAUUUAGCACGCUAUAAUAGCACCACAGUGAAUACUUUUCAGGAGGGCGGUUUAGUUACCAUUGCCCAGAUGCUUUUGCGCUGGUGCGAUAAAGACAGUGAAAUUUUUAACACCUUAUGUACGCUUAUUUGGGUAUUUGCCCACUGUCCAAAAAAGCGAAAGAUUAUUCACAACUACAUGACCAAUACAGAAGCAAUCUACAUGGUCCGUGAAACGAAAAAGCUUGUUGCCCGCAAGGAAAAGAUGAAGCAGAAUGCUCGAAAGCCAUUGGUCAGUGCGUUUAGUCGUUAUGAACAACAAACACCGACUUUUCAACCAAGAUCUUUGCCCAGCUUAGAGCCGGAUUUUGGAAUUAUACGAAGUAGUCCUUAUACAUUUAUAUCGUCAGUGUUUGCAUUUGAUACUAUUUUAAGCAAGUUGAGGAUUGAUUUAAUUUGAUAUAUUUUAAAUGAAUAAGUUACCUGUACGAGUAGAAGAGCUCAUUAUAAAUCUGUAGUUAAUUGUUACAAUUGUUUUGAUUGAUGUUUCGUAAUGAUAUGAUGUAAUUUAAUGUUGAUUGAUGUUUCGUAAUGAUGUAAUUUAAUGUACUGUUCAAUGUUUAUUAAGUGAUUAUGUUUUAUUGCAACGAAAAGUUUUGGUUUUGUAUUUUUGCUUGCACAGUUUUGCAGUGCCCAGAUUACUGUUUAUUAAAAUAUAUUCACAAAACAAUUA